AUGCGUCGAUACGCUAGGAAGGACCUCAGCCUUAACGAGGAUGUCACAAUCCGCAAAGGGCAACGCGUCUGUGUAGACGGCUGCAAUAUGAUGAAUCCCGAGAUCAAUGACCAACCGGAAAAGUACGACGCUUACUGCUUUUUACGAAUGCGCGACAAGCCAGGCUUUGAGAACAAGGCACAUCUAGUGGCCACCAGCCCUGACCACAUGUCCUUCAGUCAUGGCCAGCACGCCUGUCCGGGCCGCUUUUUUGCUGCAAACGAGAUGAAGGUGGCCCUCUGUUACUUUGCUUUUGAAAUACGAUUGGAAGCUAGCGUCGGGCUGUACUGUGGAUCCGGUUGUGGCUGGGGUUUAUCGAAGUGUUAA